UGUGACCGUCAUGUGACUGCAGGCAGCCGAAUGAUCAGGAAGUGGAGGUUUUGUUUACAAAAAUGUUGCUCAUGAGUGCACAUUAGUGGUACGUUUACAAAUGGCUUGAAUGGAAAAGACUUAUGUACCUGUAAAUAAUUUACAGCAAAGUAAGCUGCAGCAGCAGAGGCAGUAUGAGGAAUACGGAUCUGUUUUUUCUGAUCCUUCUACUAACGGGGACAUUCACACACAUCAGAGCAGGCAGCAGUGAAUGUAAGGCGAGAUCUUUUGGACAGAGCUCAGUAGUGUGUGAGUGUAAUGCUACAUACUGCGACUCUGUUGGUCAUGUCAGCUUGCCCGCUGUGGGCCACUUCCUGUCGUUCCUGAGCAGCAGGGCGGGUGCGAGACUUCAGAGGAACCAGGGACCUGUGCAAAAGAACAGCACUGGAGCAGCUCUCAGGAUCACUGUGGUCCCCACAGAAAAGUACCAGCAUGUUAAGGGCUUUGGAGGAGCCAUGACAGAUGCGGCUGCCAUGAACAUUCUCUCGCUGUCGAGUAGAGCCCAGGACCAGCUGCUCAGACAGUAUUUUUCCCCAGAGGGUAUAGAAUACAACAUGGUCCGAGUACCGAUGGGAAGUUGUGAUUUUUCGACUCGUCUGUAUACAUACGCCGACUUGCCAGAGGACUACAGCUUGCGUAACUUUAGCCUGGCUGAAGAAGACACGCGCAUGAAGAUUCCUUUGCUGCAGAAGGCACAAGCCCUGUCUGCUCGUCCACUGUCGCUGUUCGCUUCUGCCUGGAGCUCACCAGCUUGGUUGAAGACCAGUGGUGUGCUCAUAGGGAAGGGGUCGCUUAAAGGAAAGCCUGGGGGCAAAGCGUAUAAAACAUGGGCGCAGUACUAUAUAAGAUUUCUGGAAGAGUAUGAGAAGCACAAUCUCUCAUUCUGGGGGCUGACCACAGGAAAUGAACCCACUGCAGGUGAAUUGACCAAUUACAGCUUCCAGGCUUUGGGUUUUACUCCUGAGCUUCAGCGCGAUUGGAUUGCUAUGGACCUCGGUCCUACACUCCAUUCAUCUCCAUAUUCCAAAACCCGCCUUAUAAUCCUAGAUGACCAGAGACUCCUGCUUCCUUACUGGGCCAGAGUGGUUCUGAGUGAUAUUCAUGCCGCUCAAUAUGUCCACGGCAUCGGCGUUCACUGGUACUUGGAUCAAUUCGUUCCUGCCAAAUUCACACUGACGGCCACACAUGACCUCUACCCUGAGUACUUCAUUUUGGGCACAGAGGCGUCUACUGGUUGGCGCAAUAUUGACCGUGGUGUGCGUUUGGGCAGCUGGGAAAGAGCUGAAGAUUAUGCCCAUGACAUUAUAGAGGACCUAAAUAACUAUGUGGCUGGAUGGACAGACUGGAACUUAGCACUCGAUAUGAGUGGUGGACCAAACUGGGUCAAGAAUUUUGUGGACAGUUCCAUUAUUGUGGACCAGAGCAAAGACGUCUUUUACAAGCAGCCGAUGUUUUACAGCAUGGCCCACUUCAGCAAGUUCCUGUGGGAGGGGUCUCGGAGAAUAGGGCUGUCUACUUCUGAACACACCUCGUUGGAAACAUCAGCCUUCCUCAGACCUGAUGGUUCAGUACUGCUGAUUGUCUUAAACAGGUCUGAUGCUGAGGUGCAGUUUGAAGUAUGGGACCAGACCCUGGGCUUUCUGCCUACAAGUGCUCCUCCUCACUCCAUCCUCACACUACUGUGGGCCACAUCUUAAAUAGCAGUAUUCAAGUAUAGGUACAUUUAUGCAACCAUUAAUGGAACACUAAACAUGCAAAUAUUUCAGCGAUGCUACAAAUAAUCACACUGGAAAUCACUAAAUCACUCUAAUAAAAAUUAUAUCUAGCA